UGAAAAUACCUCCUGCUCGCCUAUCACAGGUAAUCUCUGUGUUCUUGUGUAGCCGUGGUUUACAGGUAGCAAGUGCAGGCAGCAACCAGUCCCUCCUCACUGGGAUGUGGAGAUCUAUCUGGAGUCACAAUUAAAGGCUACCGAAUGCAUUCCACUACAGGUGACGAAACCCAGCUCCCAGAAUAACAAGCAGGACAACUUUUAAAGUGACUGUUGUUGACCAGUGUCUUCUGUGCAUUUGCGCGGUAAGCUCACGGUGGAUUUUUCUAAAGGACGGUAUAGAUUUUUCUGAAUUACUCUCGGGAAGGACGGACUCUUCCUGAGGUUGAGACAGAUGCCAUAGAAUACAACAGGGUGGCUGUGUGCGUUCCUCCGGUUGGUGUGACUCUGCCAAGGCUCUGUGAGGCUGUCCUGAUUGACAGGGAGAAAAUGCUGAGACUAGUGGCCACAGAUGUCUUUAAUUCCAAAAACCUGGCCGUUCAGGCACAAAAGAAGAUCUUGGGUAAAAUGGUAUCCAAAUCCAUCGCUACCACCUUAAUCGAUGACACGAGCAGCGAAGUGCUAGAUGAGCUGUACCGGGUGACCAGGGAGUACACCCAGAACAAGAAGGAGGCCGAGAAGAUCAUCAAAAACCUCAUCAAAACAGUCCUCAAGUUGGCCAUUCUGUACAGGAAUAAUCAGUUCAAUCAAGAUGAGCUAGCGCUGAUGGAGAAAUUUAAGAAGAAAGUUCAUCAGCUUGCGAUGACCGUGGUCAGUUUCCAUCAGGUGGACUACACCUUUGACCGGAACGUGCUGUCCAGGCUGCUGAACGAAUGCAGAGAGUUGCUGCACCAGAUCAUUCAGCGCCACCUCACCGCAAAGUCGCACGGACGGAUUAAUAAUGUCUUUGAUCACUUUUCAGAUUGUGAUUUUCUGGCUGCCUUGUAUAAUCCCUUUGGGAAUUUUAAACCCCACUUAAAAAAACUUUGUGAUGGCGUCAACAAAAUGUUGGAUGAAGAGAACAUAUGAGCAUGUGAAUUAAGAUGGUGACUGCUCCUGAUUUAUCUGAAGAUGGAGCGCUGUUGAUUUAUGAAGGAAAGAAGAGUUUUUUUGAAGAGUAAACAUAUUUCAGAAAGACUUUGCCCAAUCCAAGUGUCAGACAUUAAUGACAAUGUCUUGUGAAGCUCGUUUUAUUUGAAGAAAAGCAUAUUGCCAAAAGUUGUUAAAUGCUUCUAAGGGUUAACAGAACCUGGGAAAGAUGUUUGGUCGCAUAACGCAAAUGUCGAGUUAUACAGAGAAAAGUAUGUGUGGCUCCAAACCUCGAUGCAUCUUUUUUAGGGCAGUUGUUGUGUUGGCAGCACAUUGGAUAUUUCUAACAUGUACAGAAUUAUGUGUUUUGAUUCACUUUUAUUCCUUACUAUGUAUAUAUACCUCUUUUAAAAAGCCAAGAACUUUCCCUUGCUGUCAUUUCUCCAUUUGAAACCAUUCCAUUUUCAACUCUACCUUUGUCGAACAUUCUUUUGCUAAAUACUUUUGUCAUUGACAUUCAAGAAUUGUCUUUAUUAAGACAUUAAAGAAUUAAGGUAGUCAAAUUGGAACCCUCAGAGAACUAGAAAACUGCUUCUCUAUUAUAGAAAACAACUGUAUUUGAGGUUAUGAAUAAUGUUUAAUAUCAGAUCUGCUUCUGGAGGUGAGUCCUGGUUUUUAGUACCAACCUGACACUUCCCCAAACAUGAUAAUUCCCCAGAACAGAAUGGCAUGCCAUUGCUUUGAAAUGCUUGCUGAGGGCUUAACUUUCAUGUUACCUUGAAAAUGUGCUGAUGGACUCUCCAUUUUUAAUAUUCAUUUCAAAUGUAAAAGACAAAGAAAACUCUAGAUUGUUCUUGAUAUUAGGGCAAUAAAAAGUACGUGAUAUUAAGAAAAUUAAAACAAUCUUUCUUUUAGAGAUGAGCCCAUCAAAAUAAUUUAGGGUAAUGAGGGGCAAAAGGGAAGAAAGGAUAUUACCACAGAACAUGAGAAUGAAAAUGAAUGCAUUUCAAUGCUUAGUAAGGUUUGAUAGGUAAAUAAAGAAUGCCACUUUUUUAUUUAACUGAAAAGGUUUUUGCUAUUUUUUUAUUUGCUAUUGUGAUAAGUAAACCAGAGUAUUUGCAUUU